AUGGAAGAAGAAGAAGAGACGUUUUCACCGUUAUGGCUUCGACAUCAGCAACCCAACACUCCCUGCUGCCGCCUCCGCCACUCCACCUCAUCUCUUCUCUUCAGCUCCAACGCCUUCGUCCUCCUCCUCCUCGCCAUAGCUCUUGUUUUUGUUUUUGUUAAUACAGUGUCUCUAAAAAUGCAGCAUUUUAUUUGUGUUGCUAUUUAUUCAAACCAAGUAUUGGUGAACAAGGUGGAGGUGAUGCUUUUUACUGGAGUUGGUUUUCAAAAUAUUAAGAAAAAAGAGAGAUUACAAGGGCUUACCUUUCGUGGUCAUGACGAGUCGGAGAACUCAAACAAUCAAAGUAACUUUCUUCAGCUUUUACAAUUUCUUACUGAUCACAAUGAGGAAGUGAGAAUUGUUGCAUUAAAGAAUGCUCUCAGGAAUCUUAAAUUUACAUCACCUAGGAUUCAAAAUGACAUAGUAAAUGCUGUUUUUGUGGAAACUACAAACUCUAUUAUCAAGAAUAUAGGUGAUGCCUUUUUCUCUUUUCUUGUUCAUGAAUCUAGAGAUGUAGCCGUAAAGGAGCAGAUGGAUGUUACUUUUCAUUAUGUAGAUAAAAAUGAGUGUGUCAUUGAAUAUUUCACAGGCAUUGAACAUGUUCCUAGUACCACUGCUAUGUCACUAAAGAGAGCUAUAAAUGCAGUACUUUCUAAACAUGGACUGAGCAUCUCUAGGUUGCGUGAUCAAGGUUAUGAUGGAGCAAGUAAUAUGAGUGGAACUCAACGGAUAUUCUUCGAUAAAAACAAGCUCUCAAAGUUGUUGAGGCACUUCAAAUUGGAGAACUUACAAGUGGACAAGGACUUAAUCAGGGUACUGAAAUCAAUUGAUGUGUUGGAUGAAAUAGCGUAUGAUAAACAUAAAUCUGAUCAAAAGCAUGAAGCAUAUAUUUCUUUGAAAUUGCUGCAAUCAUUUGAUUAUAUAUUCAGUUUGCAUUUGAUGAGAAUUAUACUUGGCAUAACUCAUGAGUUGUCUCAAGCUCUACAAAGAGAUGAUAAGGACAUAGUGAAUGCUAUGGAACUAGUGAAAGUAUGCAAGGGACGAUUGCAAACUAAGAGGGAGAGUGGAUGGUCUUCUUUGUUAGAAGAAGUUGUUAUCUUAUGUGGAAAAGUGAAUGUCAGAAUUCCAAAUAUGGAUGAUCAAUAUGUAUAUCCGGGAAAAUCAAGGCGUACAGCUCCUGAAAUGACAAAUAUGCAUUACUACCAGUUUGACUUCUUUUCAUAUGACAAGCAAAGUUUGAUGCGUCUUGCUCAGCUUUAUCCUAAUGAUUUUUCUUCCUCAGAGUCGUUAUUAUUAGAAAAUCAGUUGGAGACUUACAUUGAGGAUAUGCGAUCUAAUGAAAACUUUCAGGAAUUGCUUUUGGCCUCAUUUGUAAAAGAAAAAGGAAAGUGGGAAGACUUUAGAGAAAACCCACCACAGAGGGAGACAAGAGACAAGAGACAAGAGACAAGAGACAGACGAGAAACUCAAAACACAAACAAAAUAUCAGUGCCUCCUCAAUCUUCUCUGUAA